AUGUUAACGGAUCCGAAAACGAGGUCCGCGCUCGGGCUGAUGACCAGCGGAGAAAAUGCCAUCAAGCGGGAACUUAUCGAUCCACUCGAUCCUACCGGCGGAGGUGGCGGCGGUGGAGGGAACCACCCAGCGGCACUAGACGAUCGACUUCUGGCGGGAUCGUUCGGAGUAUCCCGGAGUGGAGCUGCACUUCCUUAUCCACUUCAGCCUGCGCCAAGCAAACAACCCCUGCAAGGAUUCGAUCAGAUUUGGGGACCUUCACGGACGGAUGGGAUGAACCAACGACAGCACUCCUCCGUCAUUGGAAUGACGCCCUACUGGCCAACGUACGACAGUCUUCCGCAGCCGGCAGCUUCCACGACCGCCGCAGACCCUCCUCCGGCAGCGAACUCGGCCGAUGGUCAGAUCUACACCCUCACUGUGUUACACGAAUCGCCGGAGCAUGGAAUUGUCUGGUCGAACGACACGAAUGCACUCGAGUCGCCCGUUCCACUUGCGCCCGACAUCAGCGACCCAAGUGCCACGUACGAAUCGACGGUAGACUGCUUUAACUUCGAUAGCACCAACUACGAUCUGGCCGAUUACUACGCCGCCAAGCCACAAGUACAAAUACCCCAUCUCCAGCAGCAGCAGCAGCAGCAACAGACCAACGUCUCGCUGAUAGGAUCCUCCCCGACGGGACAUCUCCCUCAGCAGCAGCAACAGCAACAUCAGCCCGCAUCGGCCAUCAGUCUACACGGUACGGUCGAAGGUCUCCUGAACGAGAUACAACUGACGAGCUUUGGAGAACGGGGUCCUCUCGUCGGUCUGCAGACCGCAACACCGGGUCACAAUUUGUACAACGAACCCUCGUCUUAUCUGUACGACACCUUCGCCGUACCCGAUAGUUCCUCAACCUCGAGCCAUCAUCAGCCCAUGGUGCCGUCGGUCCCCCUCUCGACGACGACCGAGCCGACGACCUCCUGCCAGCUAGAUCUGGACCAUAGCAAGCUGGACACCAACAACAACAGUUGUCCGCUCGGCGUGCAGCCUCCUCCGGAUCAGAGUACCCCCAGUUCGAGCAGCAGUAGCAGCAGUUCCAGCUCCAGCUCCAGUUCUAGCAGCAGUUCCAGCAACGGAGACUCAGCGAACGCCGGUGGCGGUGCUGGACAGAAGCGGGGCCGCUCGCUGCACUACUGCUCAAUCUGCUCGAAGGCGUUCAAGGACAAGUACUCGGUCAACGUGCACGUCCGGGUGCAUACGGGCGAGAAGCCGUUCUCGUGCUAUCUCUGCGGCAAGAGCUUCCGCCAGAAGGCGCACCUCGAGAAGCACUACCAGACGCACCUGCACCAGAAGAACCUCACCAAGCGGCCCAAGCCGGUCAAGGUGAAGCAGGAGACAGCGCUACAGCCGCCUCAUCAACCACAACCACCACCACCACCAACGCCACAGCAGUUGGAACAGCUUCAGUUGGAUUCUGCCACCGAGCUUAUGCUGAAUCAGGUGAAAGUGAUAGGUAACUGCUGAACUCCUAGGAGUCCUAGGAGUAUAGCUUCCGGGUUGUAA